CUGGCUGAAAUUUUAACCCCUUGCUACAUGUAAAUUCUAAUUUGUGUCCUUGCAACUAAUGUCCCAAGUACCUGUGGCUGUCUGUGCAAGAGUACGUCCUUUGUCAGCAAGUGAAGUCAGUGAUGGUUCCUCUAAUUGUGUCACAUGCACAUCACGUGAUCAGCUCAAACUGACCAAUGGGAAGGCUUUUAGAUUUGACCGCGUCUUCCCACCAACUUUAAACCAAGUUGAUGUAUAUUCCGAGUGUGUUCGUCCAUUAGUUUUGAAAUGUCUCCAAGGUAUCAACUGUACGGUAUUUGCUUACGGUCAGACAGGGUCCGGUAAAACCUAUACACUGGGCAGUGAGGGACAGUCCCUUUGUGAAGGAGGAGGAGCUACUGAUGGGAUCAUACCACGUACACUACAUGACCUGUUUGGUUACCUCAAAGGGGGUGUGGUCACUGAUGGGGGCAUGGCUGAUAAGAGAGAGGCGUGUCAGUUGAGUGUAUCGUAUGUUGAAGUGUAUAAAGAGGAUAUUAGAGAUUUACUCUCCGACAAUGAAUGCGAUAUUAAUAUCAGAGAAGAUGAAUCUGGAAGAACCGUUUUAUCGGGAGUGGUUGAGGAGGAGAUCAGUUCAGUUGAUGAGGCACUCAAUCUAUUGGAGACGGGGAAUGCUGUACGAGUUACCAUGGCAACAGAGAUGAAUGUUCACUCUAGUAGAUCACACGUAGCCUUCAUACUGACAAUAAUUCAAGAUAAGAGGAUUACAUUACCAGUACUCACUGAUGAAGAGAAAGGAGGAGGAGGGAGGACUGACUCUGCAGCUGCUGCUGUUGUUAAUGAGGAGGCUGCACUUUUCAAUAGAAUAAUUUCAAAGUUUACUUUUGUUGAUCUGGCAGGAUCAGAGAGAGCUAAUAGGACACAUAACACUGGAGAACGAUUUAAAGAGUCAGUACACAUUAAUGGUGGACUGUUGGCACUAGGUAAUGUCAUUAAUGCUUUAACUGAACACAACAGGAAAUCAUCUCACAUACCAUACAGAGAUUCUAAAAUCACUCGUCUAUUAAAAGAUUCUUUAGGAGGUCACGCCCACACAUUAAUGAUCACGUGUCUCUCUCCGUGUGAAAAAGAUUUGCCGGAAACACUCAACACACUGAAAUAUGCCAAAAGAGCUCGUAAUAUUAAGAACCAUCCAAUAGUUAAUGUAGAUCCUCAAGCAGCGGCAGUAAUUGCAAUGAGAGAUGAAAUUGAGAACCUCAGAACUAGAUUGCAACAUGCUGACUCAGCAAUAUUUAAAGACGAUGCUAUCACUCCAGUUGAAGGAGAAGCUAUUGACUCACUGAAGAGAGAAAUUGAGAAAUAUAAAUCUGAUUUGUUGGCUAGUGAAGAGAUAUUUGCUGUAAAGGAGAGAGAGUUGACUGACCUAAGGAAUGAGUGUGAAAGGUUGAAUGUUAAGAAUAACCAGCUGGAAAUGAUAAUAAGAGAAACGGAGAGAAAGGAGGAGCAACUUACCAAUAAAGUGCUUUUAUUAGAAAAACAAUUACAUGAAAUUCAAACAGACAGAGACACCACCAGUACAGCUGCUGGGAGUAAGGACCAUCAGUCACAAGACCCUGGCUCACAUGAUGUGGACUGGAUCAAUAGAACAUAUGCAGCUGUUAAUGGCAGAAUCAACAUGUCCUUUUUAAAAAGUGAUGUUUCUAACGAGUCAUGUGACAGGAUGUUACAUCAUAUGAUGUCAUUAUUAAGUGAUGAUGUCAUUGAUCAGUCAUGUGAUAAUCAUGUGACUGAUUCAUUAGUUCAAGCAAAUGAAAGUGUAAUUGCAUCUCAAAGGAGAUUGCAAUCAAUGGAGAAAUGGUUUGUGCAGGAGCAGCAGAAAAUUAGAUCACUUAAUUUAAAAAUAAAAUUAAAGGAGGAGUUAAUUACAGAACUCAUUAAGAAUAAUAAAUCAAUUAAAUCACUUAACGAUGCUUAUCAGAGAAAGAUCAGCUCGUUAGAAACAGAGGCGUGUCAUGUUAAAAAGAAAAUUAAAAAAAUUAGUACUGCUGGUAGUGACAGUAGAUUAGACCCAGGUGCUGUAGGACAUUCAAUCAAUGAAGAUCAAGAGCAGCUGUCCAAAGGAACUGAUGAUUUGAAACAAGAACUUGAAAUAAAGUUGAAACAAACAGAGACGAAACUAGCGACAUUACAAAAGAGAAGACAAGAAACUCUUCGUUUGCUACAGACAGGAGAGAAGAGCGAGAGAAAGAUAGCGGAAUUGGAAGGAGAACUUGAACGACUGAGAAACAAGCAAGCACACUUGAAGAAGAAAGUGAGAGAGGAAGGAGAGAGAAAGAGAGAGUUGGAAAAAGAAAUGGAGAAAUAUCAGAAAGAAGUGUCUAAGCUGACUCAACUAACAGUUCAACAAGGAAAUGUGCUUAAAAUCAAAACUGAAGAAGUUGCCAUGGCUCAGAGAAAAUUACGUGAAAUCAAAAGGCCAAAAACAGAAACAAGUGGAGUUGAAUCAAAAAGUGUACACAUGUAUAAUAAAUGGUUGGAGGAUGAAGUCCAAAAAAUAUCAGAAAAGAAGGAACAGCUGGAUAGACUUCAAAAGGAUCUUAAAGAAAGGGAAUCAUUAGUGAGACAGCAUGAGCUGAUGUUGAAGGAAAGAACCGUCUUACAAGAGAAGAGGAGACAGGCAGAACUACGUUCCUCUCAGAGUCUCCUUCACCUCUCGGACCAGCUGGAGUCUUUGUCUUGUCAGAUUAAAGGAAAACAAAAUUUUAAAGAUUCUCUUGAUGAAUGUUCUGUCUCAGAAGGUGAAGGUCUUCAAAAUGAAAUAGGAAGUCUAACUGAUAAGCAUCAUUGCAUAUUGGAAAAGAAGAGACUCCUUGAAGAUCAAUUAUCCAAGGGUAGAGUAUUGAAUCAGGAAGAGGAAAUGAGGAUAGUAGAGUUACAAGAGCAAAUUGAAGUCCUGGAGACAAGCCUCCAAUUAAAGAUGUCGUCACUUCAAUCAAGAAUUACAUCAUCAUCCUCAGACCAGCAGCAGAACCUAUUAUCAUACCAUUCUGAUGAAGAUCACUUAAAGUGUAAAGUUAAUGGAUUAUCACAGAGUGAAGCCCAGUCUCUCCUGAUCCAGUCUGUAUUGAGAAUAUCAUCACUAGAAGAAGCAUUGAAGGAGAAGGAGAGAGAGGGAGAGACAUUAUGCUCAUUGCUUCAUGAGGAGAGAGGAAAUGUUGAGAAGCUCAAACAAUCACUCACUCAAUUGCAAAUGGACAAACAAAGAAGAAUGACCAAGUCACAGAAGGAGCAUGUGAAACAAGUCAAUACUCUGAUAUGUCACAUGACUGAGAGCGUCCAGUCAGUAGAACCAGUGGCUGCAGCAGCUAUUGAUGAGGAGGAAGAUGAGGUAACUCGUUUGAAGAAAAAGAUCAAAGGAUUAGAGAAAGACUUGUACUUUUACAAGAAGACAAGCAGAGACUUGAAACAGAAAUUAAAACUAAAAUAAACAGUGAAUUAUUACUGCAGAAUUUCACUUGGUAGUUUCAUUACUAAAAUAACUUUAUUUUAUUCACAGUA